UCUCCGUCUAUCCCUUCUCUCCCUCCCCCGCUCUCUGGCAAGUAAAUAAUCACAGCCGUUUUCUGCAGUCGGUGCCUUAUCUGCAUGUUCCGUGACCUUAGAAAAUGAUCACCUGUAUAAGAGGACCUUCUCAUUCGAAUUUAGUUUUUUCCCGUCCACUCUCAAACACCCGCACUCUCUCAAAAACCCCGUGUAGGCUAACUUCUGAAAUUCUGUAAGCUGUAGCAUAGUCGUGCACAGAUGAAAGGAGGAAGGCCAGCAUCCUGGCGUUCAGGGGGUGGCCAGUGUCUCCGCGCGCCUUCCCUUCCCGCUCCUGAACCCCGUGCACGUGAAGGCAGCAGCCUCCCUGCCCUGUUGUCUUCACAGAUGCCCUUAGCCCACUCGGAGGCUUUCCUAGCAGACCUGUUGGAUGGAGUGUGUGAGCGGAUGAACGACUACAAGCUAGAAGAAGACCCUGUGACCAAGAAGAAGGCGUUUAAGAGAUUUGCUCCAAGGAAAGGAGACAAAAUAUACAAAGAAUUUAAAAAAUUCUAUUUUUAUUCUGAUGCUUACAGACCUUUGAAAUUUGCGUGCGAAGCCAUAAUAGAGGAGCAUGAAGACGAAAUAUCCUCACUUAUCGCCCAGGAGGCACACCACCUCGCUGACAAGCUGUGCAGUGAAAAAGCAGACCUCUGUGAAACCUCUGCUAACCAAACUGAGCUUUAGGAUGCCAGUUCUACCAGUUAGUGAGGAGGAAAGCCACAGCUCCACAGGUCAACAUCUGUUUCAUAUCUUCAUUUCUUCAUGCAAAGAAAGUUUAUAUCUCUUGUUUAUGCCAUGUUGUCUCAAGUGUGACUUUUUAUUGAAAAUCUGUUGUUUGGCAUCAUGACAAACUUGGUUCUUUCUAUAGGGGAGGCUGAGGAGUGCAUAAAACAAAUUACCUUUGUGGAUUUGGGUACUGACAGGUUUGGGAGUAAAUAAUUUAAUUUUAUAAUAAGAAAAAAGUGAAGCUAUUUCAUAAAUGAAAUAAGGGUUUGAUAAUGCAUACUGUAUAUUUUAUCCACGUCUACAAGUAUCAUGUUCUAUUUGAUAAGAACUUGAUUUGAUUUCUUGAAUACUUGAUUGGUCAUGAAAUCAAGAAAAUAUAUUGCCACAAAUUCCAGAUUAUGUAUACUUCUGGGUUAUAUAUGAUGAUCAAUAAAAGAAACCAACUUACUUUAUAUCAGGAAUGAAAUUCAAAUUGCCAGCUUUAAACAUAGAGUUUUAAAACUUUUUAAUCUCUAAAAUGUAAUUGCGUAAAAAAUAUUUUUAUCACGAACAAUACGGUGGCCUUUCUCAAGCAUACCUUUUGAAUUCAGAUGAUUUAGAAAGUUGAUUUAUUAUUACAUCGUGUAUUCUUCGAAGAUGACACCAAUGAGCAUGCUUUGUUUUACUGAAAACUCUAUUGCGUGUGUGUUGUUGUUUUUUUUUUUUUUUGAAAGACUUCCAGCUAACGGUUAGUAGGUAUAUUUUACUACUAACUAACCUAUUAUUCUCCCAUUGGGGUGUUCUUGUCAGUGUGGAGAUGGUGGGGAAGUGGGACUUCAUGAGAAAUUACCUAUUGAACACAUUUAGUACCAGGACAUAAUAACCUGUUCUCAUAUUACAAUUAGUUCAUUUUCUCUGUUAAAUUUACAUUCAAUUGAAUCUGAUUUAAUUAUUUAAAAUGUCAGGGUGUAUCCUACACUUCUUUAUUUUAUUUAUUUUAUUUUAUUUCAUUUUAUUUAUUCAUGACAGACACAGAGAGAGAGAGAGGCAGAGACACAGGC